GUCCCAAAAAACAAGAACUCAGAUGACCAACCUCUCGAGCUGGAGUUGCAAAAUCGAUUUAUUGGAUCGACCAAAUUCAUCGCCGGGGCUGUAUGUGGCACAGAGGAACCAGUUAAUCCCCACGUGCUUGCGGGAUCAUGCAAUAAGACGGUUGAUCUUCGACCGGAACGUAUCGACUCCUUGCCCUUUCGGACCAGCUUGAGACAGAUGUACAAUGCUAAUAUCGAUUACGCACGUGGGUCGGUCGUGUCAUGGUCCGGUGCUGUUUCAAACGUGGAUGAACCAAAACGUCCCUCGGUGUUCUCCUGCCCCGAUCCUGAAGUAAUGUCACCACGAAACAGUACGUUCCAAGGAACAAUCGGCGAUACAGCAACUCCGAUGCGAACAAGGGCCGGAACUGUGGUGACGUCCUCGAGACGUUCAAAACGUCGGUGUACAACUGAAAUAUCCAAUUUGUUAUUCCUUGACAGCUCCAGCAAUACCGCUGCGGCUCAGGCGUUUGCCGUUGCUACCGCCGGCAGUGCUUGCCCCUUGGCAGCAGCAGGCAUCAUGGGGCUUGGCCCAAACCUGAAUCGAGCAGCUCUCCGGUUUUCGGCUGGUACGGCAUCUGCGGCUGCAGCAAAUAUAGGAUAUAAAACAGUGGCUUGCACACUGCCAAGCACUUCUGCAGUCACAUCGACCUUGGGCGGAUCAACUACGGUUACCACCUUGUCAAGUCUUUCCAACAUAUCACCCGGUUCAUUCCAGUUCAACGGACGUGCCAGUGCAGCCGGACAGAACAAUGCGGCGUCCAUCAACGGAACGUCAAACAACUUAACUCAGGCACCUCAGAACAAUAUAGACCAGCAAACUAGACGUUCCAUGAUGAUGGCGACGGCUUCUUGUCUACGUGUGCUCAAUGUCGUGCGUCACUGGAUUACCAAAUUUCCCGAUGAUUUCGACGGUGAUGCUCUGUUGAAACAAGAAAUGAAGAGUUUGCUAGAAUCGCUUGUCACCUGUCCUCAGUUACUUCCAAAUGAUCAAAAGGCAGCCGGACAACUUUUGAGACAAAUGCUUUGUGAUCAACUUGUGGAAAACCGUAUCAAUCUGGAUAGUAUACUUACCCCAACAAAAAUCCCGUCGGAAAAAAAUUUUGACACGCUGACAGCCCUGGAUAUAUCUGAACAACUGACCCUUCUCGACUUCCAAAUAUUCCGUUCAAUCAGAAGCGAAGAACUUCUCAAUCAGUCUUGGAUGAAGCCGAACAAGGAAGAAAAGUCAAAGCAUGUGUUGUUGGUUUGCAAGCGAUUCAAUGAGGUUAGUCGUCUUGUCGUAUCGGAAAUCGUUUCCCGCACGGAGCUAAAUGACCGUGUCACGUGUAUUGACAAAUGGGUCCAAAUAGCCAACAUUUGCCGCUGUCUCCAAAACUAUAACGGUGUGCUGCAAAUCUGCGCGGCCCUGGUCAAUAGCUCGGUCUAUCGAUUGCGGCGCACUUGGGAGCGUGUGAGCAAACAAACCAAACAAUCGAUCGAUCGAUUGCAAAUGUUGGUUGCCUCAGAUGGACGGUUCAAAUCUAUGCGUGAAGCUCUACACAGGUGUGAUCCCCCUUGCAUACCUUACUUGGGAAUGUACCUGACCGACUUGUCCUUUAUCGAAGAAGGUGCAUUGAAUGUAACGGAGAACAACUUGGUAAAUUUUUGCAAAAUGCGAAUGAUCGCGCACGUUAUUCGUGAAAUACAACAGUAUCAUCAGACGCCGUACCUGAUAACUCAUAGAAGAGAAGUAACCGACUACCUCUUGGAUCCAACUCGGCUCCUGGACGAGGAACAGACAUACCAAGCCUCACUCACAAUUGAACCACGACAGUCGAUCAACCGACAAUCGUCCACUGUGUGUAAUUAAUUCAGGAGAGAGACUCUUCCCGCACUCUGAGUGGCACUCUGUUCCCACAACCUCACUGUGAACAAGGCAUUCUAGACUUUGAAUCGACCUAGGAUAGAACACGUGAAUACUCUCCGUAAUCUGGGCAGCGUAUAUACAAGAAUUUUUUGAGGAUGGCAGUCACCGAGAGCAUCCAGACUUGGCU